CUCCCUUAUCAUUAGAGAUUAUAGUUAUGCAAUGUGUUGAUAUAUUUCCCUCAAAUGGGCAGUUGAUAAAAUGGCUUGUUUUAAUACACUUUCGAGAAACUGUAGGUUACUAGUGAAAAGUUCUAAAUGUAUAUACAGUAAUCAAAGAUCUUACUCUGUUGAUGACACAAUAUUUGGUUUAAAUGAUGAGGAAAAACAAUUGAGGGAGACUGUUCACAAUUUUUGUCAGAAAGAGUUAGCACCAUUUGCAGCUCAGAUCGACCAAGAUGAUAAUUUUCAUAAUUUAAGGGAUUUCUGGAAAAAGCUGGGAAACCUUGGAGUUCUUGGAAUCACUGUGGCACCAACCUAUGGAGGAAGUGGGGGCAAAUAUCUAGAUCAUGUCAUUAUUACUGAAGAAAUCUCUCGAGCCUCUGCCAGCAUAGGCCUUUCUUAUGCAGCUCAUUCUAACCUUUGCGUUAAUCAACUUAAUCUGAAUGGCAAUGAGGAGCAAAAGCAGAAAUAUCUGCCAAAGCUGUGCUCUGGUGAGCAUAUUGGUGCUUUAGCAAUGUCUGAACCCAAUGCAGGAUCUGAUGUCGUAUCUAUGAAAUUAAAGGCUGAGAAGAAAGGUGACUAUUAUGUUCUUAAUGGUACCAAAUUCUGGAUUACCAAUGGCCCAGACGCUGAUGUUCUAAUAGUAUAUGCUAAAACAAACCCCAACUCGGAAAAACCACAACAUGGGAUUUCAACUUUCAUUAUCGAAAAAGGAAUGGAAGGUUUUAAAUGCGCUCAAAAGUUAAACAAAGUUGGGAUGCGUGGAUCUAAUACGGGUGAACUAGUAUUUGAAGAUGUCAAAGUACCUGCCAAAAACAUGAUUGGGAAAGAAAAUAAAGGAGUCUAUGUCCUCAUGUCAGGUUUGGAUCUGGAAAGGCUAGUGAUCAGCGGCGGCCCUUUAGGUAUAAUGCAAGCAUGUUGCGAUGUAGCCUUCGAUUAUGUUCACAACAGAACUCAGUUCAAUCAACCUAUUGGAACAUUUCAACUGCUACAGGGAAAAAUAGCUGAAAUGUAUACAUCAUUAAGUGCAUGUAGGAGUUAUGUAUAUAAUGUUGCUCGGGCUUGUGAUGUUGGGCAUAAAAACAGGAAAGACUGUGCUGGAGCUCUGAUGUUUUCAGCUGAAUCAGCAACCAAGGUAGCCAUUGAUGCGGUUCAGUGCCUUGGUGGAAAUGGGUAUACUAAUGACUACCCAACUGGAAGAUUCCUCAGAGAUGCCAAACUGUAUGAAAUUGGGGCUGGAACAAGUGAAGUUCGCCGUCUGGUUAUUGGUCGAGCAAUCAAUGAAGAAUAUUUAAAAUAAGUUAACAUAUUUUAUGAAUCUCUACAUUCUAAAAUUCCUAUUAAAAUUAUUUUAUUUUUUAAAAUAUAUUACUUUAAUGACGUUUCA